GCCGGAAACUUUGCGAUUGUGACGUGCAAAUUAGCACAUCACGCCGACGGUUCGUAGUUUCAUAGACAGCACAGUACGUCUUUUACUUUGUAUUCAAUAAUCGCGAGUUGACACUACGGAUUUGCGCGUCUUGGGCUCUUGCCAGUUGCAACCCAAGAGCCGCUAAAGUAGGGUUAGAGAUCCCGUUUGAUAAAACGUGAACGUGGAUUAAAGACCUCCGACCUCCACCACCACCUGUGCUGACCUUCGUUGGCCGUUGCAGACUUUCGUUAUCCUGUUAAAAAGAGUAUCCGAAAAUCAUUCAAAACACUUCCAGACCUCCAAGUCCAAGCAGCCCUGAGGACAUCGGAAGAGCAAGGGACGCGGCUGGACUGGCCUAACCUACCCCCCUUUUCUCCUCUCCAACACUGCACACGCGGUAAAGGAGUCCAGAGUCAAGCCCGUCAAGCAAGGUCUUUGUGGUAAAGGCUGUCUUCAUUCUUCCCGGGAAACACGCGAGAUAUUGAACCACGAUGUCUAUAACAGUUGCCAAGAUGCAGAUGAACGAAAAAGGGAAGCCAGCCAUUAGGACCUCUGUGUGCAGCGCGUCAAUACCAAGAUUGGAGGAGGAAAAAGAAGAGAGCAAGAUAAAAAAAGCAGAAUUUGUCUGCCCACGAACACAACUAAAUCUUAAAGAAGAAAAACAUUUCAAGUGCACUGUGUUCUCAGUAUCUGGUAGUCUUCAGUCACAUCUUAGCAUCCACACAGUAGAGAAGCCGUUCAAGUGCGCCAUGUGUACUAAGGCGUUCAGGCAGUCUGCCCAUCUUCGGUCACAUCUUCGCACCCACACAGGAGAAAAGCCGUUCAAGUGCACUGUCUGUUCCAAAACAUUCGCAGUAUCUGGUAGUCUUCGGAGACAUCUUCGCACCCACACAGGAGAGAAGCCGUUCAAGUGCAGUGUCUGUUCCAAAACAUUCUCAGUAUCUUGUACUCUUCGGACACAUCUCCGCACCCACACAGGAGAGAAGCCGUUCAAGUGCACUGCCUGUUCCAAAACAUUCGCAGUAUCUGGUAGUCUGAAGUCACAUCUUCGCACCCACACAGGAGAGAAGCCGUUCAAGUGCAUUGUCUGUUCCAAAACAUUCUCAGAAUCUGGUAGUCUUCAGUCACACCACACAGGAGAGAAGCCGUUCAAGUGCAUUGUCUGUUCCAAAACAUUCUCAGUAUCUUGUACUCUUCGGACACAUCUUCGCACCCACACAGUAGAGAAGCCGUUCAAGUGCACCAUGUGUACUAAGGCGUUCAGGCAGUCUGCCCAUCUUCGGUCACAUCUUUGCACCCACACAGGAGAAAAGCUGUUCAAGUGCACCCUUUGUUCUAAGGCGUUCAGGCAGUCUUCGCAUCUUCGGAGACAUCUUUGCACCCACACAGGAGAGAAGCCGUUCAAGUCCAGUGUCUGUUCCAAAACAUUCUCAGAAUCUAGUUCUCUUUGAUCACAUCUCCGCACCCACACAGGAGAGAAGCCGUUCAAGUGCACCCUGUGUGCUAAGGCUUUCACUGUCGCAACCCACGUAAUCAUAUUCGUACUCGCUAAAUAAGCCGUUGAGUUUGGAGUGCUGCCUAGCCAUUGGCUUAUCCUCGGGCUUACCAAAAUGAGUUUACCAUGUUCUUGAUUGAAAUUUUUUUUCGUUGUCCUAUACUUUUAAAAUAAUGCUUAUGUUACGUAUGUGCAUAGUUGUAUGACUUGCAUUCUCCUUGAUGUGAUUGCAUUGGUUGGUUGGUUAAAUAACGAUUGAAUUUGUUUGAAUUAUGUAUUAUCCCUCUAGACUUGCAUUCUCCCUGAUGUGUUUGCAUUGGUUGGUUGUAAAUAACGAUUGAAUUUUGUUUGAAUUACGUAGUAAUACAAGUGAAUUCGUAUAUUUGAAAAGAGACGUUGAAUAAAAUGCCUGUUUCAUCUAAUUACAUA